CAAAUAUGGCAGCCUAAACAAAAUGGCAUAAAAUAGCAAUUUAUGAAAGUAAGCAUGCAUGUUUAUUAUAGGUGUUCCGCAAGCAUGCUGUGUGAGGUUAGUGCGGUACUACAGAAGUGAUACUGUAAAGACACUUAACUGAAACCUCCAAUUCAUUGUUCUUCUAUCUAGGGCGCUGUGAAAGCCUAUCAUGACGUUUCCCGUCUGCCACAAGACUGUGUUCGUGCUCGAUCACAGCCCGUACUUUCUAACCUCGUGCCAACAGCACAUCGAGUUCGACAUCUUCACGAAGACGCGGCAGCCAGGCAUCAUCCCGCUGGCUCCCAUCUCGAAAUCGCUUUGGACAUGCAGCGUCGAAGCAGCGUUCGAGUACUGUCGUAUCGUGUGGGACAUUUUCCCGACAAAUAAACUCAUCAGAUUCGUCGUCAGCGGCACUUCGGCUCGCUAUUUGAAUUCGUGGAUGCAGGAAGACCAGAGUAUGUCCUACCUGAUGGCCGUUAUGGCCCAAGUGGGUGCGCCUUCGGAAACUGGGGCUGCUAAGGACUACAACAUUAUCACCGGACUCACCGCCGCGAUAGAAGCCCUGUGCGAGUGUAGCGAAGUGCAGCACGAGUGCCGCACGUCUCUUACCGAAACGGCUGGGAAGAUGGUCAACAGAGGUCGAAUCGUGUGCAUCACUUCGAUGAAAACGGACGCUGAGAUACGAACGCUCGAGGAGAGGUUCUACAACCUACUAACAGAGCACAACAAACUGGCGUCUGGGACAGAUUGCCUCAUGCCCGUGCAUAAGUGCGAACUGGUCGUGCUCCUUACCUGCCCUGUCAAUAAGGAGAUAGAUAUGGCCGGCUUCUCAAAGCGCGAUGUCGGAUCCGUGCUGAGCAGUGAAGUUCACAGGUGCCGAUCGGGAAGGCAUCUAGCCGUGAAACUGGGAUACCUGGUUCAAAUUCACUACAAUCUGGCUUCCACAACUGUCACUGGUAUCCCCAUGAAGGAAGAACAGAACGCAAACUCGUCUGCAAAUUACGACGUUGAGCUCCUGCACCCAGCCGCUGCUCACACAGAGCUGUUCAAGACUGGCUUCAGUAAUACGGAGGGUGUGCAUGUGAGCACAGUGAAAGAAGGACAAACAUAUGAAACAGUUACUCUAAAAUGGUGCACUCCACGCUCAAAUAGCGUAGAGUUGCAGUACUGCACAGGAGCGUUCAGGAUUACCCCCGUCGAUAUUAACAGCAGGCCAUCGUCAUGCCUCACGAACUUUCUCCUCAGUGGCCGCGCUGUAAUGCUUGAAAUGCCGAGAAAGUCGGGCUCCAAAGUGAUGUCCCACAUGCUUGCCAGUCAUGGUGGAGAGAUAUACAUUCACACAUUGGGGACUGGUCGGUCCACACUUGAAGACCCACCUUCAAUUAGCGAGGGCUGUGGUGGGCGAGUUACUGACUACAGAAUCAAUGACUUUGGAGAAUUCAUGAAGGAUAACAAGCUUGUGCCCUUCAACGUAGGCCCAAAUGAUCGCCAGGAGCCGCCCAUUCAGCGUGCCCUGAAGAGGCUGCAAAGGCUUACCCAGUAUUGGCCCAUGGUGAUUAGCCACACAACCAUCUUCAACAUGGCUUCACAGUUGGACCCUCUUCUCACCUUAAUAACCAAGGAGACCUUGACACCAGAUGAGAUCAUUGAGUGCAAGAAAGUCAUCUACCUUCUUGUUAGCAUGGAGAGCAAGGGUACUGCUCUGCCUGUGCCAACUAUUGGGAUGCGGGGUAAAGGGCCAAAGCGUGAAGAGCAGUAUAGAACCAUGUGGAACGAGCUGGAGAAUUACAUUAGAAUGCACUGCGUCACAGCUGAACAUAAUGUUAUCUUGGAUUGUCUCUUGGAGUGUAGGAAACCAGCUGAGAGUGAUGCUAGUGGAAAUAAUCAAAAGGCUGGCAUUUCAGGUGUUAAAAAGUCAACAGAAAAGGGACUGUCUGUAAAAGAUGAGAAGGGUGAAGGAAAAUGGUCAGAAGUUGACCUGAGCUGGCGGGAAGGAAAGUUUGGGGACACGGACAAAGUGGAAGAAGGAAGCUGCAAACCUCCUUUGGCGAAGAAAGCACGUAGUAGUGGUCUAGACGGAGACAUGCUGGGCUCUACUUCUCUACUGCACUUGUGGAGGAACAAAGUGAGCACAGAGAACGCUAGGAGACAUGUUGAAUUUGCUGGACGAUUAAAUGGGGAUGGCAAGGUGGCUAAGUUGUACCCAAAUCUUAACAUUGAUGGUAAUGACAAUGAAAAUGAGUCAAAACCAAAUGCCACUGCAAGGUCCUGAGGGGUUCGAAUGCUCCUUGAAGCAAAUUUGUCUGUAUAUAUGUAAAACAAUGCGCAUCAAUAAAUGUUCCAUGGAAUCUCCAUGGUGUGAAAUUUG